AUGUCGUGGUCUAGAUCUCUCGCAAUUGUUUGCAUUUGUUUUUUCCUAUUUUCAACACAUACUUUCGCUUUCUACCUACCUGGAGUUGCACCUCAUGAUUACUCGGAUGGUGAAGAUGUAAAGGUGUAUGUCAACUCGCUCACUCCGUUGAUGGGAAGUCAACAGCUCAAAUCCUUGAUUCCAUAUGACUAUUAUUACAAACCUUUCCACUUUUGUGCACCAGACAACCCACAGAGUCAAUCGGAAUCCUUGGGCAGUAUUUUGUUUGGUGACCGUAUUUUUGACUCAUUAUAUAAGCUUAAAAUGCUUAAACAAAAUGGGACCUGUCAAUACCUUUGUAGCGCAACAGUUCCUGGUGAAGAUGCUGCAUUCAUCAAUGCGCGAAUUAGAGAGAAUUAUGCGAUUAAUUGGCUUAUAGAUGGACUUCCUGCUGCUAGCAAAAAAUUAGACGUGAAAGCUAAAACGAUAUUCAAUAGCAUUGGAUUCGAAUUAGGUGAUUCAACGGCUUCUUUCAAUAAUCCCCCAUUGCACAAUCAUUACGAUAUCGAAAUUCAGUAUCAUAAACAAGAAAGUCAACUUAAACAUCGUGUCGUUGGUGUGAUCGUUACCCCUACCAGCAAUAAAUAUGACUCGGAAGACACUGCAAAAACUUGUACUACUACUAGUGAACGUUUAAUUUUGGAUGAGAAGAAAGAAAAUACUGUGCAUUACACUUAUAGAGUCGUGUGGACACCUUCAAAAAUAGCUUGGGCGACACGUUGGGAUAAUUAUUUACAUACUUUUGAUCCAAGGAUUCAUUGGUUUAGUUUGGUCAAUUCCAUCGUAAUUGUAUUGUUCUUGACGGGUAUGGUGGCUAUGAUAUUGCUUCGCGCAUUGCACAAAGAUAUAUCUCGGUAUAACCAAUUAGAAGCGCAAGAAGAUGUACAAGAAGAUUUUGGUUGGAAAUUAGUUCAUGGAGAUGUAUUUCGCACGCCGGCAAAUGUUAUGUUGUUGUCUGUUUUAUUGGGAAAUGGCUCUCAACUAUUUUGCAUGACAACUGUCACUCUUUCAGGAUAUGUUUCCGCACGUAUUUAUAAGAUGUUUGGUGGUGAUGCUUGGAAGAAAAAUGUUUUCUUGACUGCAUUUUUAUUCCCUUCGUGA